GACCUGAGUCCUCCUUCCUCCCCACAGCGCAGUCCGCGACCGAGAAGAUGAGGGCCAUGUGCGUCGCCGUGGCGCUGCUGGCGGUGCUGCUGGCGCCGCAGGCGGCCGCCGAGCUGGAGGUGAUGGCGCAGUGGGGGCUGCUGGACUACGCCGCCCCCUUCAACUACCCCGGCGCCGACGGCGCGGCCGCCUCGUCGUGGGUGUUCACCGGCUUCGAGGUGGGCUGGGACAAGAUCUACCUGGCCACGCCCAGGUUCCAGCCGGGGCUGCCCGCCACCGUGGGCUGGAUCCCGCGGCCGUCGCACGCCGGGCUCGCCGAGUCCCCCAAGCUCCAGGCGUACCCUAGCUGGGACUGGCACGUCGCCGCGGCCUCCGGCAACGGCAAGGCCAACAACUGCUCCGGCCUGGUGUCCGUGUUCCGCGUGCGCGCCGACCGCUGCAACCGCCUGUGGGUCCUGGACUCGGGCGUGUCCGACACCCUCGCCACCUUCAGCGUGGACUGCCCGCCCAAGCUGCUCAUCUUCGACAUGGCCACCGACAGGCUGCUGCGCGUCGUGGUGUUCCCCCAGGCCGUGCUGAGGCUCAACUCGCUGCUCACCAACUUCGUCAUCGACGACGUGAGCCGCGGGCCGCCGACGACGCCCGGCUCCUGCGACAACGCCUUCGUCUACCUCUCGGACACCACCGCGCCGGGGCUCGUCGUCUACGACGUGCAGAAGGACUCCGCCUGGAGGAUCUCCCACCCGUCCAUGUUCCCGAGCCCCGACCACGGCACUUACAAGGUUGCCGGAGAGUCGUUCACGCUGAUGGACGGGCUGAUCGGCCUGGCGCUGUCGCCGGCGCUCAACGCCGCGGGCAUGGCCAAGGUGCUGUACUACCAGCCCUUCGCCUCGGACCGCAUCUUCGCCGUGGCCACGGCCGCGCUGCAGACGCAGCCUAAGGACGACGGCGACCUGCCCGUCGCCCUGGUCGGCACCAAAUCGUCCCAGGCCGCGCCGCUGGCCGUGGACCCGCGCGACGGCGCGCUCAUCUUCAGCCCCGUGUCCGAGACCGCGGUUGCGGCGUGGGAGCCGCUCAGCAACCAGCACAGGGUGCUCGCGUACAACCCGGCGCUGCUGCAGUUCGUGCUGGACAUGCGCGUGGCGGAGCGGGACGGCAACCAGCUCUGGCUCAUCUCGACGCGCUUCCAAAAGUUCUUCCGCCGGACCGUCAACCCGCGCGAAGUCAACCUGCGCAUCAUGAGGGUGACUUCCGCCACGGACGUCAUCAACAACUCGCUAAUCUUCUGAUCGCCAUCUCUCUCUCUAACGAGGCUGGGCAUUCUGUAUGUUCCCCCUUGAGUGAGUCGUGUCAUGGAGUGUCCUCCAAAAAAGUGUAGUCAGCUUUGGACAGUUCAUUGUGGCCGAAAGUCGUGACGGCCUCCAAUUGGCGCCACCUUCACCCGCUGGGUGUGUUCCACACAUGUUGUGCUCAGGAGCGGAGUCCGUUCAGCAGGACACACCCUCCUCGUGCAGCUGGCUAGAGCUGUAUUGUGAUUGGGUAACGGCAACAAAAUGCCGUCGCCUUACUUUCUUUAGGUUUUGGAAAUUUUGCCGCUCAUGUGGGUGGCUUUAGUAACAUAACUCAUUCGACGAAAAAAAAAGAAGAAAGAAACCCUCGAGGGAACGCAAGGGGGACAAAAACGAAUUCCCCUAACGUUAUCCCAGAAAGCCAUAGAAUAUUAUAGACUUAUUUAAACGCCGUAAUUUAUAUAUUUUUUUAAAUCAAUAUAUUGCAACGACUUUAAAUGUCGUGCUUCAAAAUGUAAAUAAUAGUAUAAAUGCACCUCAAGAAGUAAACUGACAGCAAUCAAACUUUUAAAAUGCCAUUUGAACCAGUUUUGUAAAUAGUCUUGCAUCGGACAACGUUCAAUUGUAAAGAUGAACGAUGACAUUCAAUUUGAAUUCAAAGCUGUGAGCAAGUGCAAAUUAGUUGUAAAUUUUAAGAUUUUUUUUGUAUUACAUUUUAUAAUAAAACGAAUUUAUUAGAACGUAAA